GUUUUAUCUUACUCUUGCUUUUGUUGUGAUUGCUUUUCUGCCUCCGACGUGGAGCGAUCUAUUUAUAUAUCUAUUUUGGUUUAUUUUGGAAACACGUAUUCUCUUCGGUAUAGGACAUAUAUAUGCUUAAACAUUGCCACCUUCAGUGAAUCGGUUAAUCAUUUUUCUAAGAAAGGUUGUUAAUUACCAACAACUAUUGUGCAACGCCGGCCGGGACAAGGAACUUAAUGACAGAUCGACCAACCGAGAUAGACAUAUAGAUUUUCCAACGGUUGAAAAUAUUAAAAUAUCGGUGUCACAACGAUUAUGGCCAUUAUGUAAUGUAUAGAUUUCUGCUCCAGCAUUAUUAGUAUACUAGCGACAACCAAAGACCGUUUCACCAUGGACAUUCUGGUGUUUUUGACGGCGGCGGCCCAUCUGGUCUACACGCCCUUUACAAAAGUUGAGGAGAGCUUCAACCUGCAGGCCAUGCACGACAUUCUAUAUCUGCGCAACAACUUUACGCAGUACGAUCACCAUGAAUAUCCGGGCGUGGUGCCCCGCACCUUUAUCGGUCCAUUGGUGGUGUCCAUGAUCUCCGCCCCGUUCGUCCUCCUCUUUGAAACCCUGAGCAUCAACAAGUUCUGGGCCCAAUAUGUAGUGCGCCUUGUCCUGGCUGGAGCCAUUUCCGUGGCCUGGAAUAACCUACGGCAAGCGGUGACCAAAAUUUACGGCGUUGAAGUGCGUCUGUGGUUUACAGCCAUCACCAUUACGCAGUUUCACUUCAUGUUCUACAUGACGCGGCCUCUGCCAAACAUUUUUGCUCUGCCUAUAGUGCUAUUUGCCAUUGCCUAUUGGCUGCGCGACCAGCAAAAGCCAUUCAUCAUCUGCUCAGGGAUAUCUAUCCUUGUCUUUCGAUCCGAGUUGGCUUUAUUUUUGGGUCUUUUGCUGGCAAUUAGCCUUCUGCAGAAAAAAUUAUCCAUUGAUGGGCUGCUGAAGAUUGCAUUGCCGGCGGGCGUCUGCGUUUUGGCGGCCACAGUGCUGGUCGACUCGUUCUUUUGGCGCCGGUUGCUUUGGCCCGAGGGCGAGGUGCUCUGGUACAACACUAUCCUAAACAAGAGUUCAAACUGGGGCACGUCGCCCUUUUUGUGGUACUUCUAUUCGGCCCUUCCCCGUGCUAUGGGUGCCUCGUUGGUGUUUGUGCCUAUCGGAGUUAUUCUGGAACCACGGAUUCGCCCAUUGGCUCUUUCGGCUCUGCUGUUUGUCCUGUUAUACUCCAUUCUGCCCCACAAGGAACUGCGUUUUAUCAUAUAUGUGUUUCCAGUACUCAACAUUGCCGCUGCUUGUGGAUGCCAACGCAUUUGGAUGAACAGCGCCAAGUCCAAUUGGCACAGCUUUCUGGCGCUCGCCUGCGGAGCUCACCUCAUAUUGAAUAUUUUUUUGACGGUCUUUUUGCUGGUAAUUUCUGGUACAAACUAUCCGGGAGGAGCGGCUCUUUCCCGUUUGCAUCGCUUAGAGGCUGGCUCUUCAAAUGUUUCCGUGCACAUCUCCAACUUGGCCGCCCAGAGUGGAGCUUCUCGUUUUAUGGAAAUACAAGAGGAGUGGAUCUACAGUAAAGACGAGUCAAUGAACUAUACCCAAGCGGACUUAGAAGAGUACACCCAUCUCUUGGUGGAGGCAAAAAACAAGCAAAAUACUGAACUGUGGGCCUCACUUCAAAACGAAUUUGAUACUCUGGAGUUUAUUGACUGCUUUAAUAGUAUUGGAAUCCAGUACAACUCACUGUUACCAGUGCGAAUUAAAACUAAACCUUGCAUUGGUAUACUUAAAAAAAAACUAGUCACUCCAAAAGAAAAGUCAAAGACCAAGGAGAAAAAGACAAAACCUAAGCAACCAGUUGUAGAAAAGUUAGCUCCCUUACCUCCCAUUGAAGAUAUUCCUAAGGACAAGGAAGAACCUAAACUUAAGGCGAACUUUCAAAUGGAUAUGGAUGAUGACGAUGGCAUUGUGGCAACUGUAGAGGAGAUGUCUUUAGAAAUAGACACAAAUAUUAAGCCUGAACCCGAAGAGGAUGUUGUGGAAGCGCCAGCCAAGGAGAUAAACUUCCAGGAACUGCGGACUCUCGCCAUGGGACAAGCAUCUAAAAAGUCUCGGGCCGCCACCAAGCUUAAAAUUCGAAAGAUUAUCGAGCAGCAUUACCGAGCCAAGGGCAAACAAAUCGAAAACGAUUCCACGGAACAAACGACAAAACACACCGGAACACCCGGCGGACGCCCUGGAAUACGGCAGUCCGUAAAGUCCAUUAUUAAGCAGGAGAAGAUUAAGGAAAUGAUCGAGCAGAUCGCAACAAUGGACCUCACACGCAUCUGCGACUUGGAAAAGACAUCGACAAAGGACUGUUUAAAACAGGUCAUUGACAAAAUAGAUGAUAGCGAGGGCUUGAAACCCAAAUGACAAAGCUUUGUAUUGUGAAAUGUUUUUGAGUUAAAAAUUAAUUUAAAUUAAUAAAAAACUAACGAGCGGAAAUUA